AUGCUCGCAUCUGAAAACGUUUGCCCUAACAUUAAUACAACACCAACAAAGAGAAGAAGGACGAGGUUUAGCAUAGAAUCUCAACAAAGCCGUCAGAGUUCUAAAAACAAUUCUCCUAUGUGCUCUCCACUAAAUUCCUCAAGUGAUGGCGAAUGGUCAAAGUUCCAGGCAGAGUUAAAUACUGUCAAAGAACAAUCAAAAUUAUACGAGAAUGAUUCAGUUAGCGAUGGAAGCAUCCUUUCAGAAUAUGAUUCUCCAAAUCAAGCUAAUGAUCUUGAAUCACAGCGCAAAACUCUUGAACUCAUGAAGAAGAAUCUUGAAAUCAAUGAAGAAAUGAGGAAAUUAUAUGAUGAACAAAAUGAAAUGAUUGAAUACUUUAAGUAUCAGUUAGUUGACAUUACACGCGCUAGAAUUCUUGCAGAAUGUAACAAGAAAGGCAAAAAAGCACAAGAUAUAGAUACAAAUGGUAUCUUGGAGGCUCUUGAUUUAAGAAGAACAGAUCCAAUGAAUCUAACCGAAGUGUUGCAAGGUGCAACAGAAGCUUUGUUAAUAUAA